AUGUCGUACUUCCACAGAUCUGUGCAAACAGCGAGGCUUGUCCUGGUGAUAUGUGUGUUGGGAAUCCUCCCUCAGACGACGGAGCAGCUGCCAGUUAGAGAGGGUUUCAAUUUGCUGCUGUAUCCGGUAUCAGUGAUGGGUCCAUACGGAUCUCAGACGGUUCUGAUCCCAGUGACUGAGCAGAACACUCAACGCAGUCAAACUCCAGACAACAGCAAGAUCAGCGCUCAAAGUGGGUCCAAGCCUUUAAAUUUAAAAAGUGGGUUACUCCAGCCGGCCACCGCCCUUGACUUGGCCCCAAGCCCCGCCCCCGUCCCAUCGGAGUCCUUGGUUCAACAGGGGCAGAUGUCGAAUUUCAUCCCCUCAAAUGUCCCUCUGCAGGUCUAUUCAUUAGUCCAGCAGGCUGUAAUAUCAGAUUCUGGCAGUUCAGAGGAAGGCGCUGCUGCUCAGGUGAUCUAUAUGGUUCCCAUCAGUGUGGAUUCACCCAGCAUGGGUGUGAUGGAGCCCAAUCCUGAGCCAGGACACCUGCAGGUCCCGGUCAGCACCACUGCUCCAGCAGCGCCACCGGACGCUCAGGGACAGCUGGGGAGAAGUGCAGGGACAGAGAGACCUCUAAACACAAAUACACCACGGGUCAAACAGCAGCCCAUUCACUGA